AUGGCUUCGAAACACAACUUUACAGUAGCCGUUUUGGGUCUGGGCGCUAUGGGUAGUGGAAUCGCUGAAAACAUGUUAAAAAAUGGUUAUAAACUCGUUGUUUGGAAUCGAACUCAAUCGAAAACAAAAGCAUUGGUGGAUGCUGGUAGCAUCUCAGUUGCAACACCCCGAGAAGCAGCUCAACAGUGUGAUGUUAUCAUUAGUUGCUUGUUUGAUGAUAAAUCAGUUUUCGACAUAGUACAAGGUGAAAAUGGUCUUUUGGCUGGUAUUCGAAAAGAUUCAGUUCACAUUAGUACAACCACUAUCAGUCCAAUGGCAGCGACACAAUUGACAAAUUUGCAUCAAGAAAAAGGUGUACAUUAUAUUUCUGGACCUGUUCUUGGUCGUCCCGAUGUUGCAGCUGCCGGUAAACUUCGUACAUUUUUGAGCGGCUCUCAAACCAUUAUCGACAGCAUUACUACCAUCAUCGAGUGUUACUGUGGUGGUGGUCUCAUUUAUGUUGGAGAAGAUUCUGCUCAUGCUUGUGUAAUGAAACUUUCGGCGAAUCUUUGUGUUGCAUCAAUAAUUGAUAUGUACGGCCAAAUUUAUGCAUUAAAUGAAGGAUGGAAAGUAUCUACCGAUAUUACAAAACAAUUGUUUAGCAUGCUUUUGACACAUCCAGGCAUCCUGGCAUAUAGUGAAAAAGUGCGCAAUCGAGAGUAUACGAAUCCAGGUGGUGUUGCACUCCGUGGCGGAUUGAAAGAUAUAAAUUUAAUGUUGCAAAUGGGAGAAGAAGUGGGCGUACCAUUGCCAUUUGUCAAUGUUAUUCACGAUCAUAUUGUAACGGCAAUUGGAAAUGGUCUUGGAGAGAAAGAUUGGUCGGCGUUUGCAGAAUCAGCUAGAUUAAAUUCAGGAAUGCAACAAAAAGAGUAA